CCAAAGCGCGCUCACACCUGAAUUAUUGGGGCCACAUGCAUCGGCAAAAGACGAGAACGCGCGCCCUGUGUCUUCUCUGCUUCCCUCUCGGAUUCUGUCGUUUCCUGCAUUCUAGUUGAUUGGCAAGUGGGGCCGGGACGACCACUGAGUAGCGAAAUACAGGGAUAAGAUGGAGGUUUGCGAGAGACUUUUGUGCCUGGCCGUGGUGUCCAGCGUUCUCGGCGUUGGCUCGGUUCUGGGGAAAUACGUGAGAGGUAUCGUCAAUACCAAGGAGGACUGGUUGUUCCUCACUCGCUUCUGUUUUCUCACUGAUUUUGGACGUCUGGACUUCCGGUUCCGCUACCAAAAGUCGCGAUGCUGUCAGAAUAUAUUGCUCUACUUUGAUGACAGCUCUCAGUGGCCAGCUGUGUACAAGAAGCCGGACAAGGACUGCUACCAGAAGGAGGCGGUGUUGAGACCAGAGAAUAACCAGGUUAUCAACCUGACCACGCGCUACACCUGGUCUGGCUGUGUGGUGGAAGGAGAGGGAGAUGAGGAGGUGCUGAGUUGUGUGGGAGGUCGUAGCUUCCGCUCGGUGAGGGAGAGAUGGUGGUACAUCGCUCUCAGCAAGUGUGGGGGGGAAGGUUUGCAGCUGGAGUAUGAGAUGAAGCUGACCAAUGGCCAGUCUUUCUGGACACAGCAUUUCUCUGCAGACGAGUUUGGGAUCCUGGAAACUGACAUCACGUUCCUGGUUAUCUUCUCCCUGGUCUUCAUCCUCUCAUGUUAUUUUGCCUAUAAUCUGAAGGGAAGGCAGCUUCUCCAUACGACAUAUAAGAUGUUUAUGACUGCGGCUGGUGUUGAGGUUGUCAGCCUUCUGUUCCACUGUAUCUACUGGGGCCUGUAUGCCAGAGAUGGAGUGGGCAACGGCAGUCUCAAGAUAAUGGGGAAAUUACUGUUCUCUGUCAGUUUCCUGGUGUUCCUGCUGAUGCUGAUCCUGCUGGGAAAAGGCUUCACUGUCACCAGGGCGAGGAUCAGCCACAGUGGCUCUGUCAAGCUGUCCAUCUACAUGACAGUCUACACCGUCACCUAUAUCAUCCUCUUCAUAUACGAGGCAGAGUUCUUUGACCCGGGUGAGGUGCUGUAUGCAUAUGACAGCCCGGCAGGCUACGGUCUGAUGGGUCUCCAGCUGCUGGCCUACGUGUGGUUCUGCUACGCCGUCCUGAUCUCCCUCAAACACUACCCUGAGAAACAACCCUUCUACAUCCCCUUCUUCACGGCAUACACACUCUGGUUUUUUGCGGUGCCCGUCAUGGCUCUGAUAGCUAACUUUGGCAUCCCUCGCUGGGCACGGGAGAAGAUCGUCAACGGCAUCCAACUGGGAAUCCACCUCUAUGCUCACAUCGUAUUCCUCGCUAUCACGCGGCCCUCUGCGGCCAAUAAGAACUUCCCGUACCACGUGCGGACCUCUCAGAUCGGGAUCCUACUGUCUAGUCCGAAGGCGGGUGUGGCGAGUGAGAGUUUCCCCCACCAUGCCUAUGGGAACAGCUCCUUCCUGGGCGACUCCCAGCCCAACUUCACAGAACUCUUCUCCAUCCAGUCGGGCCCAGUGAAGACGGUGGAGGAGACGGUGGCCCGGAAGGGACAGGAAGUGCAGAGGAACAGCUACCGAGGUGUUAAUGCCACUGCUUCUGGAUUUCUAUUGGAACCUUCUGGGACCUUCUGUCAUACUGUCCACAGACAACUGUUUUAACUCAGAAUACUACUGGUCAGUUCUCACUGGAGUGCAAGAUAUUAGCUUGCUCUGAAUGUAAUUCCUUGAUGUAUGUAGACCUUGGUGAAUGUAUUAAUGCAAUAGAGCACAGGGAAAGGGGUGGUUUUAAAGUUAAAUGAUUUUAUUUUUUUACAUAGAAAUCAUACUUAUAGCUUGUUUUACUUUCAAUUUCAGCCUCCGUCCUUGACACAUGAUUUAAGGAGGGAAAGUUGUCCAGCGAGGAUGUGAACUAACUUCACAAUCACCCCCCCCCCCGACUAGUAUGUAAUGAUGUCAUGUCAAACCUGUACAUGUCUGUCUGUAUGGCCGUUUCCCUCAGUGAAGUUGUACAUCUGAUCUGAUACUGUGUGAGGGGCUCAUUGUUGUUUAUCCAUAAGUAGGAACAGUAGUUCUUCCUGACCAUGAAAAGUCCUGGGCCCAUAAACAACUAAAGAAAACCUUUAGAGUAACUGUGAAAGUAGUAGCACCAACGUCCUGUUUGUCCUGCAUGAAGCACUUUAAUGUUCCCCUUCUCUUAGUUUUCUGUUCCGCCAUUUAUUUCAAAGUGACUUUGAAUAGCGCUUUUAUCUGGAUAAUACGUAUCCACACACUACAUCCAAUGAUAUUCCGCUAUCAAAUAUACAAAUGUUACCUGUAGAUAUGUUCAUAUUAAUCAAUGUCAUCAAGUGUCAUUAUCAGACAUAUAAAAAAUGUACAUGAUCUGAAUAAUAUUAAAUUGAUUAAUGAAAUAUCCUAAUGAUAUCAAUGUAAGGGGGAGGGUGUAAUUCAUAAGACUGUGUCAAGGCCAAUUUACCACCUGUUCUAAGAAAUGGAAGUAAUCAAUUACAAAUUUGUUUUUUAUAACUUGUUAAUAUCUGAGUAUGAAACAUGCAAGUCUCUUUAAUCAUUUUGAGUCCAAUCUGUAGAAAAAUGGUGUGGGAGAAAGAAUGGUGGUUAAUUGACUGUUUCUAAUGGUUUAAUUAAUAGCUCUUUACUACAGAAAGACAAUGUCUGGAGUAGGCUUGGGUUGGUCAGACUGGUACCGCACAUGUUAUGUACAUGAGAACAUACAGUCAAAGGUAUAAUGUAGUCUGUAAAAAAGAAUGACACUUGAAUUAGAUUGUUCUGGUGUUCUAAAGGUUGUCUCUGUAGGCGUAUAUAUAUUUGUCUCUAUUGCCAUUACAGUCCACUGUUGUCCAUGGUUACGGAUGCCAUUACUUGACUGAAUAGAUUUUGACAGACAGGUUCCAGUCAUCCUGUACAACAAGCUGCAUGAUCAACUUAUCUAUGGUAUUUGUCUAUUAUACACAGACACAAGUAGAAGAGCAACGGGAGAUGAGUGAGGGUUUUAUAUGCAUGACAGACAACAGCACAGCUUCCUGGGUAUUUAGAAGGGUCUGGUUAAGAGCACAUUACUGAAGCACUGUUCGAAAUGAAUGCAUUUUAAUGGUGUCAAAUUAGGAUAUUCUGAAUACGCUGUACAUACACUUUUUGCCAAAUUAAAAUGGUUGGUUUUACUAGAG